AUGUACUCUUCUGACCUGUACUUACAAAACGACAUCAACUCGAUACUUCCACCAUACGAAAUUGAACCGCAUGGAAUUAUAGUUGCCGGCGAAGAAGUUGUGCAAAGUUCUGUCGACAAGAAGUGGAAUGAGUUCAGUAGAAUCACUAGGAACUAUUCCGUCAUUGAAGAAGGUGAUAGUGAACCGGAUCGAAAUGGUUUGUUGUCAUCACGUAUGGGUCUAAAUGUAGCUGUAAUUCGGAAGGUAGGAUCGGACUCAACAAAUACCGGUAUGUGGUUCCCGAAGAAGGUUGUUGUCAUGACGGAUAAGCGUCGAAUAGAAACGAUGGCUUGGGCUCACAGUUCCAGCGGCGUGUUGACUCGGCCAAAUUCAACGAGCAUGGGGUGUCAUGUUGUGGACGGAUCUCAAGAUAGCCUAGCUAUGGGUGUAUCAGCAAAUUCAGCUUCAUUUGACGAUCUCGACUGCUCUCCCUGUACUUCAUCACAGGACUCUGAUCCAUCGUUGUCCUCCGUUAAUGUGCCUUCGUGGUACGCUUCUCAAGACUCUUCGUUGGCUUCUACGUCGUCGGCCGAUUCAACGGGUAGCUUUCAGCUAAGUGCAAUUUCCAUCGAGCCGGAUAUUGGUGGCACUUCCUUGAGCAGACCGGAUCAGUCUUUGAACUGUGCAGGCAGUUGUGAUAAUUAUAAGCAGUCAACAGUUGAACCAAAUUUUGGGAUUGAGAUCCAACGUUUCAACGUUCCGUUGAAGGUCUACCCGGGUAAUAGGAGCUAUCAAAUGCUCCCGUUAAACGAGAGAGUCCAGCUCACAGAGUUUCCUUGCCCAGAAAAGGGAUGUAGUUCAAUAUUGCGAACGCGGACCGCGCUGCGGAAGCACGCUUUGGUUCAUGCUGAACGAAGAUUUUCCUGUAAUAAUUGUGGGAGGAGUUUUGCUGAAAGAACGAAACUGAAUCGGCAUAUGCUCACGCAUACCGGAGAAAGGGCAUUCAAGUGCACGCAUGAAGGUUGCAACAAGGCCUUUUCUUUGGAAGCAAAUCUGAGAUCGCACAUCAAAACGCAUACAGGUGAGAAGUCGUACAAAUGCUCAUACUGCACCCAUGCAUUCACUCAUCCAUAUAAUCUACGGAUUCAUAUAUCACGGAGACAUAACGACAGAGGGCAAAAAGAAGAUAACUAG